AUGUCGUUAUAUCUUCAUGACUUGGGUCCAGAGGCGGUGUCGUAUCGACAUCUACUCGAUGAAGUGAAGCGUCAACUUGACAUUACGCACGAUGAGUUUGACUGUUGGAUUUAUGGAUUUUUGGAGAACAAAAAAUAUAACAUCCGGGAGACGGUUGCAAAGUUACAACGUCGAUUUGCAAUGGAAGCCAACGAAUUGGCGACGUACACUCUUACGGAUUACAUGCGGGAGUCAUUACGCUCUGGCAUUGUUCAGUUUAUUGGGGAGGAUAAAUUGGGGCGCACGG